CCCCCCUCCCCGCGCCGCCCGGCAUGGACGGCGGCGGGGGCGGCCCCGAGGGCACCGGCCUGGAUAAGAUGCUCGAGGGCUCCGCUUCCUGCAGAAGAUCCCUGUCCCGGCCGUGAUCCCCAGCCCAGCCCAGCCAGGACUGCCGCGACGCCGCCGGGCUCCGAUGGAAGAGGCGCCGGGCCGGAGCAGCCGCCCCGCGCCCGAGGGAGCCCCAUGAGCCCCCCCAGAUGAGCCAGGCAGCCGAGGGGGAGCCCCCCGGGGCCGGCAUGGCGCAGGAGGGGCCGCCCGCCUUCUACCCCGGCCAGGAGCUGGACCUGUCCACCAAGGCGUACAAGAGGGAGUCCGGGAGCCCCUUCCCGGCGCUGGCGGACGGCAAAGGCCGCCUCCACGAGAGGGAGGAGCAGCCCUUCUUCAGGGAGGGCAGAGCCGCAGGAGAGGUGCGGGCCGUGAAGGAGGACAGGGAAAACUCGGACGACUCCGAGGAGGAGGAGGACGAGGAGGAGGAGGAAGAUGAAGUGACUUACAAAAGGGAGCAGAUAAUAGUGGAGGUAAACCUUAACAACCAAACCUUAAAUGUGUCCAAAGGGGAGAAGGGCGUCCCCUCGCAGUCCAAAGAGACCGCUGUCCUCAAGAGCAGCAGCAGCGAGGAGGAGGAGGAGGAGGAGGAGGGCGACAGCGGCGGGGAGGCCACGGAGGACAGCAACGAUUACGAGGAGAUCGAGAGGCAGAAGAAGAAGGAGAAGAGGGCGGAGAAGGUCAGCGUUGGCCAGAGGAGAAGCAGGAGAGCGGCCGCGGCCGCCGCCGCCUCCCCGGCGCCCCGAGCGACGCGGGGCCGCAGGAAGAGCGCCGAGCCCCCCCGGCGCAAGAAGAAAGCCGCCAAGGAGCCCAAGGCGCCCGUGCAGAAAUCCAAGUGCGAGGAGAAGGAGACUCUGACCUGUGAGAAGUGCCCCAGGGUGUUCAACACGCGCUGGUACCUGGAGAAGCACAUGAACGUCACCCACAGGCGGAUGCAGAUCUGCGACAAGUGUGGGAAGAAGUUUGUGCUGGAGAGCGAGCUGUCCCUCCACCAGCAAACUGACUGUGAGAAAAACAUCCAGUGCGUGUCCUGCAACAAAUCCUUCAAGAAGCUCUGGUCCCUCCACGAGCACAUCAAGAUCGUGCACGGCUACGCCGAGAAGAAGUUCUCCUGCGAGAUCUGCGAGAAGAAGUUCUACACCAUGGCCCACGUGCGCAAACACAUGGUCGCCCACACGAAGGACAUGCCCUUCACCUGCGAGACCUGCGGCAAGUCCUUCAAGCGCAGCAUGUCCCUCAAGGUGCAUUCCCUGCAGCACUCCGGGGAGAAGCCCUUCCGCUGCGAGAACUGCGACGAGAGGUUCCAGUACAAGUACCAGCUGCGCUCGCACAUGAGCAUCCACAUCGGGCACAAGCAGUUCAUGUGCCAGUGGUGCGGCAAGGACUUCAACAUGAAGCAGUAUUUCGACGAGCACAUGAAAACCCACACCGGGGAGAAGCCGUUCAUCUGCGAGAUCUGCGGCAAGAGCUUCACCAGCCGGCCCAACAUGAAGCGGCACCGGCGCACGCACACGGGCGAGAAGCCGUACCCGUGCGACGUGUGCGGGCAGCGCUUCCGCUUCUCCAACAUGCUCAAGGCGCACAAGGAGAAAUGCUUCCGCCUCACCGGGCCCGGCCCCGCGCCGCCGCCUCCCGGCCCCUCGGCCGCGCCCUGCCCGUGCCCGUGCCCCCCGCCCGCGCCGCGCCCUGUCCCGCACCCCUACGGCCCCCUGGCGCUGCCGCCCCACGGGCACCCCGGGCACCACGCGCAGCACCUGCCCGCGCCGCACCUGCCGCCGCCGCCCGCCCUCUUCAAGAGCGAGCCGCCCAACCACCGCGGGCACCACGGGCACGGCGCCGCCGACGGCUUCCUGCGGCACCUGGACAAGGGCGGCGCGGCGCAGCCACACUGACGGAAAGGGUUUGGGAAUCCGGGAUCCGGGAUGGGAGCGACGCCCUGAGCCCCACGGCACCGCCAAUGGAUUCCUGCGGCACCUGGACAAGGGCGGCGCAGCCACACUGACAGAGAGAGUUUGGGAAUCUGGGAUCCAGGAGCGAUGCCCUGAGCCCCACGGCACCGCCAAUGGAUUCCUGCGGCACCUGGACAAGGGCGGCGCGGCGCAGCCGCACUGACAGAGAGAGCUUGGGAAUCCGGGAUCCGGGAUGGGAGCGACGCCCUGAGCCCCACGGCACCGCCAAUGGAUUCCUGCGACACCUGGACAAGGGCGGCACGGCCACACUGACAGAGAGAGCUUGGGAAUCUGGGAUCCAGGAGCGAUGCCCUGAGCCCCACGGCACCGCCAAUGGCUCCCUGCAGCACCUGGACAAGGGCGGCGCAGCCACACUGACGGAGCAGGUUUGGGAAUCCGGGAUCCGGGAUGGGAGCGACGCCCUGAGCCACGGUGGCACCGACAGAUUCCUGCGGCACCUGGACAAGGGCAGCGCAGCCACACUGGCGGAGCGGCUUUGGGAAUCCGGGAUCCAGGGGCGAUGCCCUGAGCCCCACGGCUGCACCGACGGCUCCCGGACGAGGAAAGGGACAGCCGCUGAGUGACGCGGCCUGGGAUCCAGGUUUGGGGGCUGGGAUCCAGGUUUGGGGGCUGGGAUCGGAUCUGGGACCCAGGUUUGGGAUCUGGGAUCGGAUCUGGGACCCAGGUUUGGGGUCUGGGAUCUGAUCUGGGACCCAGGUUUGGGGUCUGGGACCUGGGACCCAGGUUUGGAUGUAGGAUCUGAUCUGGGACCCAGGUUUGGGGUCUGGGAUCCGAUCUGGGACCCAGGUUUGGGGUCUGGGAUCUGAUCUGGGACCCAGGUUUGGGAUGUGGGAUGGGAUCCAGCCCCUGAACCACGGCGAUGGCUCCCGGUGGCCCCAGGACAAGGCCGGCACAGCCACAGUGACUGACACACGCUCCGGGGUCUGGGAUCCGAUCUGGGAGCCAGCUUUGGGAUCUGGGUCUGGGAUCCAGGAUCCCCCUUUGGGAUCCCCCUUUGGGAUCCAGGAUCCCCCUUUGGAUCCGCCCUCUCCCCGCUCCUGCCCCAGCCCCUCCCCAGGAGCCCCCAGGACUGAAAUCCCCCAAAUUUGUGUUUUCCCGGUGACUUUUUCUAAAGCCCAGCUCCCGAGCCCGCUGGAAUUUUCUAAUUUCCUAUCAGCUGACGAGGUUUGCUUGGCUUUUAUAUCCCGGCCCCCUCCUCAAAGAGGAGGCGGGCGCGGGGCUCUUUGUACUAAUGGGAAAGGCUGUGAGUUAAUUAAUACAGAGCAUUAAUGAUCACUGUGUACGUAAUGAUUCCUUUCAGCACCCCGAGCCCGGAGCGUUCCUCCAGAAAAGAAAAAUAAAAAAAGCGGAAAAAAAAGGAAAAAAAAAAAAAACCCAAAAAACUUUUUUUUUUUUUUUGUGUAGCUCUCCUAACACACUUCUUUAUUUUA